AUGUCACUGGAGGUCUUGGAUUUGGGGGCACAGCACAACCACAGGCGGCCCCAACUACCUCUUAUAGCAGCUCUCCUGAAGUGCCUUCCCACCUGCCUGGCCACAAGAGCCCUGUCCCGAGGACCGUCUCCCACACGGAGACCCUCACUGCGCUCCACCUGGCGCAGAAACUGGCCCUCCCGAAUCCUCCUGAUUGGUGGAGAGCGCGCGCGAGCGCUACCGCUCCGCCCCCGGACCCGCCCUCCUGCGGCACUGCCCCGCCCCCUGGUUUACAAGGCUGGCGGUGUGGCUUCCAAGUUGGAACGCGAAGGCGCGGGCGCGAAAAAGCUCGGACCCUCCGAGGCCGAGGGGCCACUUAGCCGUCAUGCACGCCGUCGCUCCAGGCCUGACAAGCACCCGGAAAUGCCCAUUGCCCAGGCCCCCCUCGACGCCGAUACCCACACGUACCAGGAGACUGGUCCUCGAGGACCCGCCGCCCGACUCCCAGGCUCGCCCGACUCCCAGGCUCUCGGGCCCGAUGCGGAUGCGGGCUCCGCCGGCACCUCACGCCUGGAUCCCCCAGCCCCGACCGCGGACGCCCCUCCUGACUCCCCGCUCACUCCUGGCUCCCCAGGAUUCUCCGCACUCUGGGACCCCUCUGCCGCCCCGCGCGCCCCCGGGUUCUUCCUCACACGAGCGUCCGGGACCCCUCAACGGACCUCCUCGGCGUAUGAGGGCCCACUCCUUAGCAGCCUCUACCUCCGCACACCGCUGCUCUCCGCGCCCUGAUCCCUGACUCCUCGGUCCCCGCACCGGGACGCCCCUCACCCAGCAUCUCCCCCCAGACACCCCCACGGAACACCCUCCCCCCCCCCAUAUUCCUCCUCCGGCCUCCUCGCGGUAAACAUCCCUCUUCAGGGCCCAAACUCGCUCCCGCAGCCGUGCGAGCCCCCCUCGGCCCCCGGGUCCCACAGUGCACACCCCCUCUGAACCCCACCCGCACGCCCGCAGGCCCCCGCUUAGCUCCCAGCGCCUGCCAGGCUCCCCGCACCUCUUCCCCCAGCCCCGGGCCCCUCGCAUCCACCGCCAGAACCCCGCCGAAUCUCCCGCACCGCGAGCCCUGCGCCCCAGUCCUCCGCCCGAGACCCCCUCACGCACACGCGCGCGCGCGCACACACACACACACACACACACACCGGCGCGCACGCCCCUCCCGCCCUCCACUCACCCCUCCGUCUCACCCCGCA